UCGUCCUUCCCUCUUUCAUCAGCUUCUCUUCCUUUUCCCAAAACGACUUGACGCAUCAAACCCAUCAUUAUCACUCUACCUCUCUCUCUCUCUCUCUCUCUCCCCCUCUCUCUUUUUGAUUAACUUGCUUGAGGACUUUAUCUCGGGCCCCAACUCGAAAAAGGCCAAAAGACCUAGACCAAACGACCGUCAACCCGAGAGCUAGCUUUCUUGCCUGGCCCUCUUUCCCCGUCAAUUCCUCCGAAUCAUUAACUUCGAGUGGUCCACUCCCCAUAUUGUCACUAUCGCUUGCCCGUGUCGUACACUCCCGGUUCAUCUAUCAGAUCACGAUCAACCUUGAUGCGCCCUUGUUCCCUCUGAAGUCGAAGUUGGACGUCAACACUCGCUUCGACAACGCCACUCCUCACUCAACUCAAACCCCCAUCCGUCCUAGACCCAGCUAUCCCAGGACCUCUCAGAGACCCGGAUCGUCUCUGUGCCAGCACGGAACAAGAUCACAUCUCCCCAAAGCUGAACCACCCCCUUCUCCCUUCCCAAUGCUUGUUACCAGGCAAUUUGAUACCACCGAGCAGAGCCACUGGUCCUACAGCAAGUUUGAGACUUCCCUUCAAAAGUCACCCGCUACACCUCCACGCAUGUCGAACCAGUUCGAAGCCCCGUUGCCGACGCCUCCCGAGUGGCAGGGGCAGCAGUACUCAUACCUGUCGGGUCCUGAGAACAACGUCUUCUCUCAGGCGUACGGAGCUGGGAAUGAGACUUCGGAAGCCUCACAACCUCGCACUACAGCUGGCGCAACUGCACAAGUAGACACCCACACGAAGCAACAGCAACAAAACACCGGCCUGGAUAGCCGCGGAGCAUCAGACCCUCUCGGCCUUCGCCAGGUGAAGCAGCCCACACCGGAAGACGAGCCUGAGGACAGGCAACCGCAGCAGCAAAGAGAACAGCGACGGGGAUCGCAACCCUCAGAGAAGACCGCCGAGGCGGCACUUCUGGAGAGUGCGCCCUUGACAGAGAUGCAAAGCCAGACAAUGUCCUCCAAUUCGACCUCGUUGGCGGAGCAGGAGGCUGAGGCGGCCGCUGCAGCCCAGAUGGAUAACGACGAGGCGAACCUGAGCAAAGAGGACGACGACGAUGUGCUGGACGAUGAUGACAUGCUCGACGACGGCGACGGCACACCUCAGACUGCCGCAGAGCGUACGGCAGCGCGCAGGAAGAUGAAGCGAUUCCGUCUCACGCACCAGCAAACACGGUUCCUUAUGAGCGAGUUCGCUAAGCAGCCGCACCCUGACGCCGCCCACCGAGAGCGUCUGUCUAGGGAGAUUCCUGGGUUGAGCCCCCGCCAAGUUCAAGUCUGGUUCCAGAACCGCCGAGCCAAGAUCAAGCGUCUCACAGCCGACGACCGGGACCGCAUGAUCAAGAUGCGCGCCGUCCCCGACGACUUUGACAACGUCCAAGCGCUUCACUCUCCCUACGGGGCCGUCCACGGCCUCAACACGCCGAUGUCAUCGCCCAUGAACUUUGGAACGCAGUCGUACGCGGACCACAUGAUCCGGCCGCUGAUGGUCGAUGUCCGGAGGGCGGAGGGUGGCGACGAACACAUGUCGUCCACUGGACUGAGUCCCGGGUUCGGUGGCAUCGGGUUCACACCGCCAGGGGCCAUGAGCAGCCCCGACAUCUUGUCGCCCAUGACGCCCAACUCGACCGGCGAUCACCGCUACGGAUACGGCAGCCACCUCUCGCCCAUGGGCUCCGGCCCCCGGACGUCCAACCCCUUUGCGCGACAGGGCGCCCUCGAGAACUCAAUGUCCAUGCACCGCGGCCAGCCGAGCCGGCCUCUCCAGCCACUCCAGUUGAGGGAAACCAUGUCCCGGUCGAGGUCGGACAUCCAGUCCCCCCUCCGCUCCAGCAUGUCGUGGAAGGGCGACGCCAUCGACUACAACACUUACCACCACGGAGCCGGCGGGAGCCCUCAGCUCAGCGGGAGGCAACAGUCGGUCUACCAGCCCGAGCAGAUGAGUGGCCCGUCGAGUAGCGGCCUGCCCUACGAGUCGAGCUCGUAUUCCAGUAGGUCUCACGGUCCCUUGUCAUACCGGCCCGACGCUGACCGCCACGCAGAUAACGGCUCGCCUCCAGGCAUGAACUACUCGAGCUUCCCGCAGGGGCCGCCGAGCCGCCUCCGCGGCCGCGCCUCGUCAGGUACCCUCGGCCUCGACCUCCGCAAUCAGUACCGUCCCGUCGGCACGGUCCCGCCUCCCGGCCACGGGUCCGCCCCGCGCACCGCCUCGGCCCAGUUCGCCUCCUCAUCCGCCUACACCUCAAGCUUCCCCUCGGCCCCGCUCACGGCGCCUGUCGACUUCUCCCUGCCGCGCACCCCCGGGCCCCGACCCGGCGGCGUCCAGGACUAUUCUAUGCCCCAGAUGAGCGCGCCCAUCGCCGCCCCCCACGACUUCUCGCAUGCCUUCCACGCCAGCAUGAGCUCCUCCAACUCGAGGACGCCCAUGCGCGACACCUUUGGCGGCGGCGGCGGGCCGAUGCCUCCGCAUCACGAGAACCAGUCCACCAACAGCAGCGAGUAUCACCAGCAACAGCAACAGCAUCAUCAGCAACGAGGAGGAGACAACUACGGACAGGACUUUGGCGCGCUCAAGAGGAAACGGAGCUACUCGGGCGGAGCGCCGGCGGGUCCGGGUCCCGCACCCGGGCCGCAGGCAUAUGGGAGCACGGCAUGAAGAUGAGAACCCCUGAGAAAGAGAAAGACAAAAACAUAUCCCGUUCAGGGACACACACACACACACACAAACACACAUACGUACACACACUUGGGAAACAUGGUCCAAAAGAUACCCUGGAGCAAUGCAAGGAAAUGAAAGGGAGAAGGACAAUUGGGGAGGCACAUCUUUUCCCUCAUCUAGGUUGAUUGGUUUUUUUUUUCUCCUGGGAAGGGGGCGGCGGAAAAUCUGCGUUUUGUUUUAGACUGGGCGAGCGCGCUGCUCAACGACACGACCUGCAUCUGUCUUCACGGUCAUCUAUGUUUUUAUCUUCUUGUUCAUGUACCCGACGACAGUCUGGGGAAGGAUCGGUUUAGUUCCGUCUCGUUUCUCUUCAAAACCUGCAUAUAUUUUGUUUCUUCUGUAUCACUUUGACAUGGUUCUCAUCUCAAUAGAAAUGGGAAACUUCUUCUUCCA